UAAACACUAGUUGAGAAUAUUUCGAAACGUUAAGACGUUUUAAGCGCUUGUUAAACACGGUACGGUUGUGAUUUUUUUCCAAUUUAAGUGCAAAAAUCAAGAAAAAAGAAUUGAGAAUUAAAAAAAAAAUAAUGAAAUAAGAAAAAAUCUAUAGAUAUAAAGAAAAAUAAGAGUCAUAAACCCAAUUUACUCCAAUUCUGUGAAAUAAAAACUGAUUACUUUUAUUGUUAAAAAAAAUGAAAAGUUCAAGAUCUUUAAUUGUUAAGACUCAUAUGUUUGUAACUCGAAAUAAAUGUGCUAAAUACCAGUUUGUUUACUUAAUUUUUUCAAUUUCAAAUUUCAACAGCUAAAACCAGCAAAAAUAAGAAAAAAAUUCAACCAAAAAAAAAAAAAAAACAAAACAACAUCAUCAAUAAAUCGUUUGUAAAUGUUUUUACCAAAAUUAGAUGAAAAAUUUCAAUAACAAAAUUGUUCAACAUGAUGCCAGCAAAAUGUUUUUAAGCCAAAAAUAAUAAAAAAAAGUAUAUGAGUGCGUACGUCAGACAACCGUAAAGUGACUUUAAGCAUUUAAAACCGAUACGUUACCAAUUAUAAUAAAAAAAUACUUAGUUCGAACAACCAGAAAUAAACAAAUAAUCAAACGGUAAAACACAACAUAAAUCUUAAACACAACCAAAAAAUAAUAAAAAACAAUUUUGUUUUGAAAAAGGCCACAUCUCUCCAUAAUGUUUAAAGCAAACUGGUGGUGGUCGUCUGACCACUUUUUCGUUAAAUCUUUUACAAAUUCAUUGAUUUGUCUAAUAAUAUCAAUAGUAUGCGUGCCAUGUCUAGUUAAAUGUCAACAUUUAAAUCAACCGCCACAUUUUGUACCCGGCUCUGGUGAUAUGGCCCGGUUUAGUCUAUCGGAAAAUACCCCAGUUGGCAGUCCGGUUUAUCAAUUGAAAGGUAUUGACCCAGAAGGUAGCCGCUUAAAAUACAGCAUAUCAGGACCAGUUUUUUCUGUUGAUCGUGAUACGGGUGUGGUGCGCUUACGUCAGGAACUGGAUCGUGAAACACAAGAUACAAUUGAAGUUAUUAUUAGUAUAACGGAUGAGGGUAUUUAUGGCACUGAACCUAAUACCAUUUCGCUGAGACGUGUUAUUCCAGUACGAGAUUAUAAUGAUAAUCAACCGAUAUUUUUGGGUCGCCCUUAUUUGAUUAGUGUUAGUGAGUCCCUGCCAGUGGGUUCAGUUUUAGAAGUUAAACCUGCCAUUGUAGUUAUCGAUCGUGAUGUGGGCAUUAAUGCUGAAGUGGAUAUUAAAUGUGUUGAGGAAAACGAUAUUUGCGAUACAUUUGAUGUUAAAGCUGAGAAAAUCUCCGACGGCAAUUACACCGCUCGUAUAACCCUCAAAAAACCUUUAGAUUACGAAAGCAGACCUACAUAUAUAAUGACCAUAUCAGCUACAGAUGGAGCUUUUGACAAUCCUCUAACAUCACAAGCUACAGUUUCCAUAACGGUAAUUGAUGUACAAGAUCAAUUGCCGGUAUUCACUAACGCUCCUUACUCCGCUACUGUGGAUGAAAAUACUCCAGCAGGAGUUAGUAUUUUAACCAUUAAAGCUAUAGAUGGAGAUGUGGGUAUACCACGUGAUAUUCUAUUGACACUGGAAGAUGAAGAUUUUGGUCAUUUUGAUUUAGUGCCAUUUGGUGAUCCUAAAGAGGGUACGGCUGUUUUAGUAACAACAGAUGUACCAUUGGAUAGAGAAAAUCCGGAAAUCUUACAAAAUGGUGGAGUAUAUAUAUUCUCAGUACGAGCUACGGAAUUAAUAGAUGGGGCAAUACCUUCAGAUACAACUACCACCCAAGUUACUAUAGUGGUAAAUGAUGUGGACGAUCAUAUACCGGAAUUUAAUGGUGAAGUAUUUAAUAUUUCAAUACCGGAAAAUUUGGAUACCGGUAUGCCUUUACCGGGUUUAACGGUCUUUGUUAAUGAUCGUGAUAUGGGCAAUAAUAGUCGUUAUACUUUGGCCUUGCGUGAUAUUAAAAAUGCCAUGGAUACUUUUGCUGUAAGUCCCACUGAAGCUCAAGGACGUACACCUAUAGUGGUGAAAGUUAUAAAUUCUUCACAUUUAGAUUAUGAUGUCGAAGAUAUUGAGCUACGAGAAUUUGCUUUCGAUGUUUUGGCUUUAGUUAAGGGUGAAGAAAAAUCGAAAGUACGCAUUAAUGUCCAGUUAAUCGAUGUCAAUGAUAAUCCACCCAUUUUCGAACAUUCAACUUAUCGUUUUUUGGCUGCUGAGAAUCUAACGGUAAACUCUCAAAUCGGCAUGGUUAAGGCUUUUGAUAAGGAUUCGGGAAAGUUUGGCUUUAUUACGUAUCGUUUGAAAGGUUUUGGUGCCGACUAUUUCUAUACUGAUCCCUUAUCGGGAGGUUUGUUUAUUAAGAAACCUUUGGACUACGAAAAACAAAGUAGCUAUAGUUUAUCCAUAGUAGCCGAGGAUGGUGGAGGUCUUGAGGCUAAUGCCCAAGUGUAUGUGGAAGUUGUAGAUGUUAACGAUAACUAUCCCAUGUUUGAGAGUAAUGAAUAUUCACGCACCAUAAGAGAAGGUACAAAUCACUUUGAGCCAGAAUUUAAGGUGAGAGCUACAGAUAUAGAUGGUCCUACUCAGGGAGGUGGUAAAGUACGUUACGCCAUUGUAUCGGAGAACAGUAUAUCGGGUAAUGUUUUUAGCAUUAAUGAGUUGACGGGUGAAAUAACUUUGCAAAAAGUGGCUCGUUCGAUGGACACCGAGAGAGGAGAAUAUGAACUGGUGGUGUCGGCCACAGACUUUGGCAUACCUCCUCUAGUUAAUACCACUAAGGUUUAUAUAAGAGUGGGUAUAUCGGGCAAUCAGAGGCCAAUAUUUAAGGGUCACUUCCAAAACAUAGAAAAUGUUCCGGUACUGGGACCUCCCAGCUAUAGAGUAUCUAUACCGGAAAAUGCUCCUGCUGGUUACAAUGUUACCACAGUCAAGGCCCACGAUCCAGAUGGUUUGGAUAGUUUAUUGCGUUAUCGCAUAGUGGGAGCAAAUGAUAACUUCGAAAUUGAUGAAAUUUCUGGUCUUAUAACGGUAUCGCCUCAAGCCCGCAUAGAUCGUGAUUCUAAUAUGGAUAGUUUUGAGAUUACAGUAAAUGCUGUAGAUUCGGGUUUACCCAUACCUGAAACUGCCACCACCACGGUAUAUGUUAAUGUCAAGGAUAUCAAUGAUGAGAAACCCAAGUUUGAGCAGCACAGUUAUGCGGCCUAUGUCUCUGAACGCACAGAAAUCGGAGAAAGUGUUUUGAAAGUGCGGGCUAUUGAUAAAGAUUUACACUCUAAGCUGAAUUACACUAUUAAGGGUAUUCCAAGUGCCACCUCUAAAGCAGGAGUUAGCAUAACAAAUCGCAGUAAAUAUCGAGUACAAGAUGCUUUCCGUAUAGAUCCUGAAACGGGUACCAUUUAUGUUAAUGGCAAGCUUAAUCAUGACGAGGCAGCUGUGGUAGUUUUGUUAGUAGAAGUUAAAGACCUUAAUGCCGAAGUAGAUCCCGAUGGACAAAUUGAUACCACCGAGGUUACUAUUUAUGUCCAAUCCUUUAAGGACACUAAUCCGGUAUUCACCAACAAAGGUUGGAGCAGUUCUAAACCGGUGGUUAAUAUUCAUAUUAUGGAAGAAAUGCCUAUAGAAAGCACCUUGUUUAUACUGCAAGCUGAAGAUCCGGUAUCAAAAUUACCCAUACAAAGUUUUGAACUAGUGGAACCUUUGGAGCUGGAAUAUUUCCAUAUUCAUGAAAGAACUGGUGAGGUUAUAUUACGCAAACGUUUGGAUUAUGAAGCCUUGGAAGAGGGCAAAACACAAUAUGAAUUCCAAGUCAAAGCCAAUGCUCCCGAUAUGCAACGUAGUACCGUGACCAAGGUUAACGUAACCGUGGAAAAUGUCAACGAUAAUACACCCAUAUUUGAGGAAUUAUCAUAUCAUGCCACCAUAGUGGAAAAUAAAAAACAUCCCGAAAAGGUUAUACGAGUCAAGGCCACCGAUAAAGAUGCUGUUUUAACAGCUCGCGAUGAACGUUUAGGUUAUCACAAGAUAUCUUAUUCCUUGUAUGGAGAAAAUGCUAAUUUGUUUGAGAUAAACAAUGUGACAGGAGAAAUAAUAGUGGCCGAAAAUGCUAUCAUAGAUCGUGAACGUACUCCUCGUAUUAAUCUUCAAGUCAAGGCUGAAGAUUCUCCAGGACGUCCCACUGACUCCAAACAAAGUGUGGUCGAAUUAAUCAUAGACGUUUUGGAUGUUAACGAUAAUGCUCCGGUGUUUGGUCAAAAGGAAUAUACUGCCGUUAUACCGGAAAAUGUUGGUCCCGAUUCUUUUGUUAUAAAAAUUUUUGCUCAUGACUUAGACGAUGGUCCGGGUGGUGAGGUUUUAUAUGAAAUCAUUGAUGAGGGAGAAGUUAAUGGUUUGUUUAAGAUUAACAAGUUAACGGGUGAAAUUAAAACGAAACGGGAAUUGACGGGUAAAGGUCGUUCGGAUCCCUAUGAGAUACGUGUAAAAGCUCAUGAUAAUGGUGAUCAAAUUCCCAAGCAGAUAUCUUUAAGUUCUGAAGUUAAGGUGAAUAUAUUUAUUGGUGAUGUUAGUGCCAAUGAUGGUAUACCGUAUUUCAUUGAACCAGAGGUGGGACAAAUGGCCAAUGUUACAGAGAAUUCUCCUAUUGGCACUCCAGUCUUUCAAGUUAAAGCCAGUGAUCCUGAUAAUCCGAAAACACCUUCCGGAACACUAUAUUACAGAAUCUUAGAGGAUAACGAAGAUGCCGAGGCCUUUGAAAUCGAUGAAGCCGAGGGCCUCAUUAAAACUGCCGUAGUUUUAGAUCGAGAAUCUAAAGAUAUGUACAAUAUAAUAUUAGAAGUUUCCGACAAUGGUCAACCCCGACAAUCGGUGACAAGAAUUUUACAAAUUAAAGUUUUAGAUGUAGAUGAUCAUAAGCCCAGAUUUAGCAGAGAAGUGGAUGAAGCUCCUUUGACUUUUAAACUUUUGGAAGAACAACCGGAGAGCACAAUAGUGGGCAAUUUCUCGGCAAUAGAUGAAGAUAUAAAUGAAAAUGCUGCCAUUGAGUAUGUCAUUACCGAGGGCAAUGAGGAAAAUGUUUUUAGUAUAGAAAGAACCGAGGAAAAUAUGGCCAUAAUUAAAACUAAUAAACUCAUAGAUCGGGAGUUAGUGGAUAGUUAUGCUCUUACUAUAAAAUGUGUAAAAUUAGGAGAACCUACAUACCCCUAUCUGGGAGAUCCUUACGAUCGUCAUGAUCUCUCACAACUAAGAGUGAUCAUAGAAAUUAUCGAUAUCGAUGAUAAUUUACCACAAUUUGAAUAUCAGGACAUGUCCGUGGGAAUACGCAUUAAUGUGCCUAUAGAUAGUAAAAUUACCACAAUAAAAGCCCAUGAUUUGGAUGCUGAAGCAGAACCCAUCAUUCUCACCAUAGAGAAUGUUACCUUUGUGCCUCAGUUCUAUAAACGUACGAAUAGUGUUAAGACGACAUCGUUGCAAAAUCUUUUUACUUUAAAUAAUCGCACAGGAGAAUUGCGCACCGGAGGCUCUUUUGCCAAUUAUGUGGAUGGUUAUUUCAAUAUGAAAAUAAGAGCGAACAAUUCGAUGAAUGCCAAAAGACAUGCCUUUAAUAACUUGAAAAUAUUUGUCAUACGUGAUAAAUCACUAUUAAAGUUUGUCUUUUCACGACCCGCAAGUGAAAUUCAACAUAAUGUUAGACCUUUUCAGGAAAAGGUGAAAAUGAAACUUAAACCAUUAGGUUUAGAUUUACAUAUAUUGGAUACACAAGUUUUGACAAGACCUGAUUAUAGUUUGGAUUUCACUUCAACUAGUUCUUGUUUUCAAAUGUUUAAGAACGGUUCGGCGAUUUCUAUGAAUGAAAUGCAAAAACUUAUGAAUUCGGAAUUGUUGAAAAAACAACUUUUUGAUAUUUAUGUCGAGUAUGGAGUGAGCGAAGUGGAACCUUGUUCUAUGCGCCGUGCAGUGGCUGCAGCUAGUUUUAUGAGUUCACCAGGAACUUGGUUAGUUAUAAUAGCUGGAUUUAUAGGUUUGGCGGCAAUAAUAACGGCAUGUACCGCCUGCUGUUUAAAGAGAAAGUACAAAAAACACUCCAAACGUAGUUUACAAGCCUCACGUUCCACCACCGAAACGUAUGGCGUAGUGGGUGUACCCACUGUUUAUAUGCCCUAUUCAGAACCCAUUUAUGGUCCAUUGUAGCAACCAGUCAUAUGGCUUAGAAAUAGUUAAGAACCUUGAAAACAGUUUUAAAUCCAUAAUAGUUGUAGGUUAAAAAAAAAUAAAAACGAUUAACACUUAAGCACUCGAGUUCUUGUUUCCUGUAAAGUUAAGAACUUUCUUUAAACUCUGUUACUCUUUAGAGCUUAAAUAUAUAAAUUUAAAUUUAAUUAAAUUAUCAAAUACUAGCCAUAAAGACUGCGCAUAUUAUUUAAAAUAAUCUUUAACAUUUUAGUUUAAUAAUAUGCCUGUGAUUUUAUAUUUUUAUUAUUUUUUGUUUAAUAUUAUAAAUAUUUAAUAAUAAAUUAUUUAAGUUAAUGCGAUUAAGUUUUAAAUUAAAUAGUUUUUCUUUAUGUCUUUCGUUUAAUUAUUUUUUCCCAAUGUGAUGUUUUAAUUUCAUAUUUAAUUCUAUAUAUAUUUAAAAAAAAACAACGAAAUGUUUUGAAUCAUGUUGAAACAUGUUAAAUAGUUUUUAAAUGUAAAAAAUUCUUUUUAAUUGUAAUUUUUAAGUUAAAUAAAAGAUUUUUUAAAAGUUUAAA